UUCUUUUCUUUCACCUUCAUAAUCUAAUCACAUCAUCUCAUCCAUGGCUACCCAAGAAAUCAGACAAAGAAUAACCAAAGAUGAACCCACCACAGCUUCUUCUACAACCACCACCACCUCAAAAACACCCCCAACAAAACCAAACAAAAUGGCCAUGGCAAAAAAAGGUCUUAAAUCACUAUCCAUAGCCAUUUCAAUACCAACCAUACUCACAAUACUUACAAUCUACCUUUCUGGUUCAAAUCAAAGAUACGAAUCAUUACAAAAUAAACCACUUUGGUUUCCACCAACAUGGGCGUUCAAUUUCUUGUGUUUAAUAUCAUCCUGUUGCAUGGGUCUAUCUUCUUGGUUAGUUUGGGCUGAAGGUGGUUUUCAUAAACAACCAAAUGCUUUGCCGUUAUGUGCAGCUCAGCUUGGAUUGAGUUUAUGUUGGAAACCGAUUGUGUUGUUGAUGGGUUCAAAUUAUUUAGGAUUAGUAGUUUGUGUUGCUGAGUUUGGUGCUUUAGUUGGUUGUUCAAGAAUGUUUAGAGAUGUUAAUCCUAUUGCUGGUGAUCUACUUAAGCCUUGUUUAGCAUGGGUUGCCUAUCUUACUAUUAUAAAUUAUAAACUUGUUUACCUCUAAAUGAAACUUCAUGUACUAUUUGUGAUCUUCAUGUAUCUAGUAGUGGUUUCUUUAAUUUGUACCUUGCAAGCUCACUUCUUUUCUCUCUUUGAUACAACAA